AUGUUGUUUCCCAAGAAAUUGCUGGGUUUGAAAGAUGAACAACCAACGUAUAAUCUGCGAAAGAUUACAUUCAUUUUAGCUAUUGCUGGUUUUACUAUGGGAUCUGAAAUCACGUCAUUGCCUGUAUUUCUAGUUUCACCAAAUUUUGUAAGAUACUUUAACUACCCUUCGCCAUUACAGCAGGGAUUUCUCAUGAGUUCUACCAUUUUUGGUGGGUUUACUGGUUGCAUAUUAUAUGGUAUGAUGACCAAAAAAUUUGGUCGAGUGGGCAUACUUCAAAUGGGAACAAUAAUCUGGUUAUCAGGUAGUCUAUUAGCUACUGGAGUCUUUGAUUUGUGGAUGAUAAUACUCUCUCGGUGGGUGAAAGGGAUAACGAUGGGGAUGUAUUCCAUCUUAUUAGUUGUUUACACAGGAGAACUUUUCCCCAAUGAUAGAAGAGGUAAAAUUAUGGCAAUUAUUCACUUAUCAUCUAGUUCUGCCAUGUUAUUUAUGCAUUACUUAUCCGUAUUCUCCUUAAGUAUCAGGUCGCAUUAUUCAUUUCGACUUGUUUGGGGUAUUGAAACUAUCCCAGCAAUAUUUCUCUAUGUGUUUUCCAUAUGGCUACCUGAAUCACCUCAGUGGUUAACGAUUAAUGGUUCAUAUGCUAAAGCGCAAUUUAUUCAAAAUGAGAUUGCAAUCAAUUAUAAUGAGAAGCACAAGAAUAAUAGGAAGCCGAUUCCAAUUAUGAGUAAAUUAGACUUAGUAGAUCUACAUAGUGAAGAUACGGGGAAAAAAUUGGAAUGGAGACGAGUGCUGAUGUCCAUUAUUUUACAAUUAUUAGUUCAAUUUACUGGAAUUAAUAUAAUAUUAUAUUAUAUCACUUAUCUAUGUGAAAUGAUUGGUAUUCCAGGAAGAAUCAAGUUUUUAACGGCAUCUAUACCAUACUUUAUAAAUAUGGUAGUAUCGAUAUUUCCAAUAACUUUUAUUGAUAAAGUAAGUAGAAAAUUUGUGAUUACAAUUGGAUCAGUUCUAUUAAGUUUGAUUAUGAUUAGUAUUAGUAUAGUAAUGAAGUUUAUGGGACAUGAAGUCGAUCCAAUAAAUGGGAAUGAAUCAUUGAUAUGGAGUGUUAAUAAACAAGGUGGUGGCAUAAUCAUUGGAUUUUGUUUUAUAUUUGUUGCAAUAUUUGCACUGACAUUAUCAUGCAUACCAUGGGUUUAUACCAAUGAAAUUCUUGGUAUUGGUGUGAAGAGUAGAAGGAUGUCAUAUGUUAUGAGUAUCGGUUGGUUGAGUAAUUUUAUAAUAACGUUAUUGGGGCCAAUAAUGAUGACAUAUUUAAAAUGGGCAACAUUCUUAUUAUUUGGUAUUGUGACUUUUUCAAUUAGUGUUCUUAUCUUAAUAAUUUUCCCUGAUACUAGAAAUUUAAGUCGAGAGGAGAUUGAUAAACUGUUUGAUGGUAAAAAGAGUAUCGAUGAUUUAUUUUGUGCUGCUGGCGUUAAUAAUAGUAAAGAGAAAUCGAUCGAGCCUAUUAUACUGUAUCGAGAAGAUGGAGAAGAGAUUUAG